AUGCAACAAAACAAAGCGCAAAAAUAUAGGGAGCAGCCGGUAGAAGGUAAUUCAAAUGGUUCAUGGUCUGAUGUGCCCGUCGUAUACACAGAUGGUGCUUGUACCUCGAAUGGACAUGCCAGCGCUGCCGCUGGGAUUGGUGUUUUCUGGGGCGAAGAGCACGUUGAUAAUAUUUCCGAACCGCUUGCCCAUGGCCCACCGACUAACAAUCGAGCCGAAUUUACCGCGGUCAUUCGUGCUCUUGAAACGUCGGUAGAAGGUAAUUCAAAUGGUUCAUGGUCUGAUGUGCCUGUCGUAUACACAGAUGGUGCUUGUACCUCGAAUGGACAUGCCAGCGCUGCCGCGGGGAUUGGUGUUUUCUGGGGCGAAGAGCACGUUGAUAAUAUUUCCGAACCGCUUGCCCAUGGUCCACCGACUAACAAUCGAGCCGAAUUUACCGCGGUCAUUCGUGCUCUUGAAACGGCAAUAAGUCGGCAAUACCAGCGUCUCAUUGUUCGUACGGACUCCAAGCUGCUCAUUCAGACCAUGACCUCGUGGAUAAAUUUAUGGAGAAAGAACGGCUGGAAAACAGCAAAUGGACGGGCCGUGCUGAAUCAAGACCUGAUUUGUCGUCUGGACGAACUGCUUAAAACUGUCAAUGUUAGUCUCCUAUACCACUGA